UGAUCACGUGGUGUCAUCACGUGAAAAAUUUAUUUGGCGUCCACUUUUCGUAUUGGGUUUCCACAAGAUUCGGGCAUUACAUGUGCUACGGCUGAAACGUGUUGUACAGAGGUUUUCAAAACGUAAUAAUCACACAAAUCUGAGGUUAUUCGGCAAAUGAGAUGGCUGAUGUUGUAGACCCUGCAAAAUUACUAAUGCUCUCUUCGGGGAAAACUAACUACACGAGGCUUUCAAGACUUCUACUUUGUGGUGGUACGAUGAUCAUGAGAGGAGUGUUAAACUAUCGUUUACCUCGUCUACUCGCAAAACCCAAAGUCAAACAAAAGCUCAAACGCAUGAGAGGGGAAAAAAUAUUACACACAGAGUGGAAGAAACUUUAUCCUGCUCGAGGACGUUAUGGAAAGAGUGAAACAUUUGACAUAUCAUUGAUGUUCAAACUGUUGAGAGAAUUCUCUGGGUUACGAGCGCCUCGUACAGGAUGGGACAACCUGCCUGAUGACGAGGAUCUUACUUCGUCUGCUGAUUUAGUAAGGAUCAAGUAUUAUCGAAACAAAUUUUCUCAUGAUAACGGAAGCAUGGAAGUAAGUGAUGAGGAAUUCAAAGACAUAGGCACUCGAAUCAAGGAUGCGUUAGUAAGGAUGUUGCUCAACAGCAAUUUACCAAAAAUUGCUGAAUGGAAAAAUGCGAUGGAUGGUCUGCUCAGUGGCUCCAAAACAGAGGAGGAUGAAGUGAAACUGAACCAACGAAUCAAGGAUGGAGGCACGAAGUUAAAGAUGUUUUUAAGAAACUACCAUAGCAGUGGUGAAAGAAGACUCGUUCUUCCACUUCCUUGGAUGGAACCGGAAGGCGAGCGUUUCCAUAUCAAGAAUCUUUACACUCAAGUGAAAAUAUCCGAAAAAGACACCGAUGAAUUAGUCGAAAUGGAAAGUCUUUUUUCUCCAAGCUCUGGAGGUUUGGCAAAGUGCACUAGGAUCCUGAUAGAAGGCGAACCAGGAAUCGGAAAGUCUUCAUUGUGCAAGAAGAUAGCUUAUGACUGGAGCAUGAACGAAGCUUCAGUUUCUCACAUCUUUCAGCAAUUUGAGCUAUUGUUCGUGCUCAAGUGUACUGGUAAACAGCUCCACCAUGAAGACAUCUGGAGUCUUAUUGAGGAAGAGAUCCUACCUAAAGAGCUUUGCAGCCAGAAAGAAGAAAUGUGGAUGUACAUCAAGGAACAACAGGAGAAGCUGUUGCUGAUAAUAGAUGGGUUUGAUGAGAUUUCUACAGCCCAUGGCUCCAAGACAAGGAAGGCAGUCCUAGACAUCAUAAGCGGAAAAAUGCUUUCACGGUGUCACUUGAUCGUAACCUCGCGUACCGACAAAGAGUCAGAGAUUCGCAAACACUUCGACAAGAUUCUAAAUAUAAGGGGAUUUCAGUGGAACGAGUCCUGCAAUUUUUUCAGGAAGUUCUUCUCGUCAUCUCCAGAUAAGGCCAGAGAUAUAAUUUCAUGGAUUCGUAAAAAUAAUGAAGUCAAGGAAUUGGUUGGCAAUCCCUUGUAUGCAGCCUUCACGAGCCUCAUCUUUGAAGAAGAACAGCAAGACAAGCUUGACCUUUUUGGUUUUUUCUACGAAAUCGUAUUCUGUGUUACAAAACGAUAUUGUGUUGAGAAACAAGACCAACAAGUGAAUGAUGAUACACUUAUGAAUAAGUUUCAUGACGAGCAUUUGAUGCUUGGAAAGCUUGCACUCGAAAUGAGUAAGGGACAGGUCGAUUAUCUUGAAGAAGGGGUUCCUUUCUCGCAUUUGUCGCAGACCCUCAAAGACCUGGGUUUUCUCAGUCACAGAAAAGUGAUAAACAGGAUAAGGCCAAAGUCCUGUUUUUGUUUCUCUCAUUCCUUAAUCAGGAAGUAUUUUGCUGCAUUUUAUGAGAGAGAAUCGUCUAGGAUUAUUAGUAAUCGUGACCUGAAUGAACGUCCGCGGUUGGGUGGGUGGAUGCAGUGGGUCGGUCCAGUGGGUCCAGUUUUUUAA